UCAGAUCAACAAAGACAAAGGACAGCAGCUUCCUGAUGAAAUCAGCCAUGUCGCUGAGAGUCUUCAUCACCCUCGUCUUCAGCGUCCAUAGCUGCCAGCCGGCUUCAGCAGUCUUUCUGGAUCUACAUCAGGCCCAUGGCGUCCUGGUCCGAACCCGGAGGUACAACUCUGGCUGGUUUGAGGAGCUGCAGAAGGGAGAUCUGAAGAGGGAGUGUGUGGAGGAGAAAUGCAGCUACGAGGAGGCCCGGGAGGUGUUUGAGCACACCGAGCUAACGAACGAGUUCUGGAAGAUUUACACCACGCCGGACCACUGCAAGUCCAGUCCCUGUCAGAACGGCGGCACCUGCCUCUCCGAGGCCGCAUCCCACACCUGUUUAUGUCUGCCUCAGUUCAGAGGACUCAACUGUGAGCUCGAACACCAGACUCAGUCGGACAGUUGUCUGCUGCAGAACGGAGACUGCGAACAUUUCUGCGAGGAGGAUGCGUUUGGACGACGGCUGUCAUGUUCGUGUGCAGACGGCUACAUUCUCAGCACCGAUGGACGGAGCUGUGUCGCCAAAGAGUUGAUAGCUUGCGGCAUGGUGCCUGUACUACAGGAAAAAAUGAAAGAUGAAAAUCUCCGAAUCGUAGGAGGAGUCGAGUGUCCAAAAGGUGAAUGCCCCUGGCAGGUUUUGCUGAUGUACAAAGGCAAAGGUAUCUGUGGAGGAGUGAUUUAUAAACCAACGUGGAUCCUCACAGCGUCUCACUGUCUGGAGACCACCGACAAACGCUUCCUUAAAGUCAUCGCAGGUGAACACAACAUCGCGGUGAAUGAAUCCACGGAGCAGCCCAUCCAGGUCGCACAGAUCAUCAUGCACGAAAACUACGAGAUGAACACCGCAAACAACGACAUCGCCCUCCUCCGGCUGGCGUCUCCAAUCCGAUUCACACCGUACGCCGUACCCAUCUGCCUGCCUACGCGACCUCUGGCCGAACGCGAGCUGUGGGCGGUUAGCCUGCACACGGUGAGCGGCUGGGGGAGGCGGAGUGAAAACGGGCCCACCUCCAACCUCCUCAGACGCACGAUGGUGCCGCGGAUGCGAACGCAGACCUGCGUCGAGGAAAGUGGCGUUCAGCUCACCGAGAACAUGUUCUGUGCCGGAUACUUAGACGGUCGGUCGGACUCGUGUAAAGGCGACAGCGGCGGACCUCUGGUGACGAACUACAGGAAAACUGCCUUCCUGCUGGGGAUCGUCAGCUGGGGGAAGGGCUGCGCCCGUCCGGGCAACUACGGCAUCUACACCCGAGUGUCCAACUACCUGGAGUGGAUCCACAACCGAACAGCAACGUCUCAAAACAUCACAGAAGCUUUGCUUCACAACCGGACCACCUGAGGAAAACCAGCUACUUCGGUUAUGUUUCCCAUAAAAUUAAUAAAAACAACAGACGUAAAA